AUGGAAAGUUCGGCGAGCUUGGCGUCAGGACCCGACGGACGGAAACGCCGCGUGAGCUACUUCUACGACGGAGAGAUCCGCGACGAGCGCUACGGACUAGGCCAUUUAUGGGAGCCUGAACGGAUCAAUAUGGUUCACAACCUCAUCGACGAGUAUGGCCUCCGCCGCCAUUUGGAAUUCACCCGCUUAAAACUCGCCGACGUUUCCGAUUUCGUUAAAUUCCACUCGCCGGGAUAUGUCGAUUUCCUCGCUUCAAUCACGCCGGAGUAUGUCGACUCCCUCUUCGCCGCCGAAACCGUAACCGAUCCUUCCCUCACGCGAUUCAACUUAGAUGGGGAUUUGGAAUGCCCUGUCUUCCAUGGCCUCUUCGGUUACUGCCGUGGGUACGCUGGUGGUACGAUUAGCGCCGCCGUCAAAUUGAAUAAUCACGACGCCGAUAUUGCAAUCAAUUGGGCCGGUGGGAUGCACCGUGCGAAGAGAGAUAAGGCUUGUGGAUAUGGCUACGUCAAUGAUGUUGUGCUUGGGAUUCUCGAGUUGCUCAAGGUUUUCAAGCGAGUACUCUGCGUAGAUAUUGGCUUUCGCCAUGGGGAUGCAGUUCAAGAAGCGUUUUACGACACUGAUAGAGUUAUGACUCUUUCUUUCCACACAAUUGAGGACUCUCUUCACCCAAAAACCGGAGAUAUAACAGACGUUGGAGUAGGAAAAGGAGAAUACUGUUCUCUAAAUGUACCAUUAGAGGAGGGUUUGAACGAUACAAAUUUUACCAAUUUAUUCACACCUGUUAUCCACAGAGCUAUGGAAAUUUAUCAGCCAGAAGCAGUUGUUCUUCAGUGUGGGGCUGAUUCAUUAGCUGGUGAUCUAUCUGGUGGAUUCAAUUUGACUGUCAACGGUCAUGCUAGAUGCCUCCGCUACAUAAGAUCUUUUAAUGUUCCUCUCAUGGUCUUGGGUGGUGAAGGUUCUACUCUUUCAAAUGUUGCCCGUUGCUGGUGCUACGAGACAGCAGUUGCGGUUGGAGUAGAACUUGACGACGAUAUCCCACCCAAUAAGUACAUUGAUUAUCAUCACCCAGACUAUACGCUUCAUGCCUCGCCAAACCCCAUGGACGAUUUAAACUCAGAAAGAGAUAUUAAGGAAAUAACGAAGAAAUUACUUAAGCAACUUUCACAAGUAAUGCAUGCACCUAGUGUACAGUUUCAGGACACUUCAUCAAUCAGUCAAGUCGCAGAAGCGGAAGAAUUGGAUAUGGAGAUGAGACCAAAUCCGCGGGUUUUGAGUGGCAGUGCAAGUUAUGAGUCAGAUUCCGACGAUGAUUGGGAUUUUCUAGGAUAA